UUUCAGUGACACUUUACUUGAAACAACCUUCCCUUGAAGUGUAAACAUUCGAUUCACACUUUACUUUCAGAACGCGUACAGAACCUUUGUCAUAGCAGUCAUAGAUCCCUUGUCAUGACUGAUUGUGACAACUUGCUUUACACCUCUGACAACUGGCAUAACAAUGUUAUAAAGCAGACCAUCUGUGGCAACUAUAUUACCAUCCCUGGCAACUUCAUAGGGUGUUAUGUCCUUUGUUAGAACCUGUAAUACCCACUUAAGACAGGUAUUAUGUCAUUCUUAUAACAGCUUUAAGUAGGCAUACAAACGUAAAGUAAUGUAUUGCUGUAUUGUCUUGCUGGGUUCAAGAGCCAAUGAAUGGCAAUGAUGAGUAGUUGAAAGAAAAGAUGACCCUAACCCUGCACCCUGUAAGGCCCUGGGUCCUCCUCCUCCAUCUCUCCGUAUGCCAUCCCAUGCAUGUGCCCAUCCCACUCCCACUCCCACUGUGCUCAGCGCUAGGCAGGUGAGAGAUAUACCUGAGUGUGUGGUGCUCUCCUCUCUAAACCUGCACUCAUCUACCUAUUGCAAUAGGGUCAGAGAAUGUCUGGGGUUAUAUACAUCCUUUUUCUUUACAAUUGUGGACAUAACUUUUGAAGGUUGAUAAAAAAAAUGUUGCCUGCUGUGUCAAUUUCAAACAGGUUUUAUUCAACUCUAUUGGCUUUAUUCUAGACAUUUCCCGUUUUGUGUUUUGAACCGGUAGAGUUGACCAGAUUGUUGGUCGAGGUACUCCAAUCACAGAUAAAGACCGUCCCAAAGGAACCACAGAUGGGGGGGUUGAGGAGGACCCAAGCAUGAUGGGGCGUUUGGGGAAAGUGGAAAAAAAGGUCAUGUCAAUGGAAAGAAAGCUGGACUUCUUGGUGAACAUCUACAUCCAGCGCAUGGGCAUCCCCCAGUCGGAGACUGACGCCUACUUUGGGUCCAAAGAGCCCGACCCGGCCCCGCCCUACCACAGCCCUGUGGACCACAUGGCGAAGAGUGGCUCCAUCACCAAAAUUAUCCGCUCCAACAGCUCAGCCGGACAGAAGAACUUCGACCCCCCACCAGCCUGCCCCCCCUCCACCUCCUGGCAGCAGCACCCCGUCAGUGAGGUACACCAGCGCAGCCAGGACAACUCCCCCUCCCCUGUAGGGGAUCCCUCCCUGGUCCGCAUCCCUCCUCCACCGGCCCAUGAGCGCUCAUCUGGAGGCCACAGUGGGAGCAAUCGGGGGUCCCACCGCAACAGCGGUGGUGGCAGUGGUGAGGGGGAUAGAGAGGGCAAGGCAGACAGCGACACGUCCAUCUCUAUCCCCUCGGUGGACCACGAGGAACUGGAGCGCUCGUUCAGCGGCUUCAGCAUCUCCCAGUCCAAGGAAAAUCUGGACUUCCUGAACAACAGCUACUUCAGUGUUGUAGCCCGCUGCGCCAAAGUAAGGCCCUACAUCGCAGAAGGUGAAUCCGACACUGACUCGGACCUCUGUGCCCCCUCGCCCCACUCUGCCAACGGGGAAGGCGCUUACGGGGGCAGAGGGUGGUCAGGAUCCAAGUAGGCCAAAACUGGAACUGCUCAUAUAAAUGGUCACUCUGCCUUAGAAUUCAGAGUUGACUGCCCAAUAUGCUAGGUGUUACCACCAAUGGUACUUGUGAGAACUGAAAAACCUGGCUCCUCUUGAAUGACGGCAGCAGAGAGUGAGAAAAGUUUAUCAGACCAUGCUCCAACGGUUUUUGCUGAGAAAGCGCCUGUAGUUUUUCAUGCUGGGAAUGUUUGUGGCAACUUGACUUAAAGCACACACAUUUGUUCUCAAGUAUUCGCACACUCAUUAACUCAAGGUUAAGUUUGUAGGUGAUUGUUUUAAUCUUUUACUCGGGAACGGAAUGCAUAUUAAUUGCCAACCUUAUAUUAUCAUUGAGAUGGUUACAGAUUUAAAGAACGCACUUGAAUUUGUUCAAAACUAUGACAUCCAUAUUCUUUUGUUGCAUUUCAUUGUUUUUGUGGCAUAAGAGAUUCCCAAUUUCAUCUAACUUGUCAUGUAUUGUAUUUACAUCCCAAAUUACUUAGUUAUUUACAGUGGAUAACAGAUGACAUGUUUUGCUUUAUGGUUGAUCAGCUAAAUAUAUUUAUUUCAAAGGAAUGUAAUAUUAUAGUCAACAUUAUGGCUCGUGUCCAUAAACUCUAUUGGAUAUAGGGACAGGUGAUAACCAGUUCUAUGUGCACUAUUUUAGCAGUAAUUGUGGUACACAACCCUUUAAGGCUUCUUUGCAUAAAUGUGCACAAGGCACAAACGCACUGACGAUAUUCACAUUACACUACUCACUAUAGAGAUUGUACAUAUUCGAUACCCACAAUAUUAUAUUUGUGAUAUCCACAAAGAUGCUUUCUUUGGCAAGUGGUGGAGUACAACCAAUAUUGGGACAUUUUGUUUGGUCUUUAUGAUCUGUAAAGAUGUAUUUUAUUGAUUUUUUUAUAUCACAUAAUUGUAAUUAUAUUUAUUUGUUUAUUCCUUUGCUGUAAGACAAAUGUGUGACGUUUUUGGAAAACAAGCUGCAUGUGCAAGCAAAAACACCUUGCAGCUGUUUAGUAUUCAAAUGCACUAUUUGCCAACUACAUCCAUAAUAUGACACAACUGGAAACAUUAUAACAGAAUUCACUAACAUAAAAUUACAGCUAUAGUUAGAUGAACGCUUUAUAUUUUGUUGAUUGCAUCACAUUUUUAUGAAAGUAUAUAAUAUAAUUUCAUGAUGAUAGAAAUGUUAACAAAAUAUUCAGGCAUGUUAUUUAAUUAACAUUUCAUAUUUUUUUGCGAAAGCCUUUACUCACAGGCUUUGACAUGAUAUUUGAUUUAAGCCAAAUGGGGGCAUUUAACAAACUGUUUUAUCCUUUGAAAAGCCCCUUUAUCCAUUAAUAUUUCAACAUAUAUAUAUAUAUUUUUUUUAAAUUAAUUGUGUUCCGUUAUUGUCCUUUCCAAGGCAAAAACAUUUAAGAAUGUAUGUGUCAUGUUUUACUUUUACUUUAUGAUUAUUUUAGUCAAACUUCGCUCUGCCAAUAUUUUUGCUGCUCUUUUCCCUCCAUUUUCUCCAGUGCCGAUCAGAAUAUCUAGACAAAUAUUGAUGGCAAAUGUACACACAUGAAUUACUGACAGCAGACAUUUUUUAUUCACACUUUGUAUUGUGGAUACACAAUGAUUGAACAGAUACAUUCUGCAACUGGAUCUAAAUAGGUUCAUCCAGAGAUUAAAUUACUCCAUAAAUUAUUAAAUUAAUCAUCAAAUAGAGAGCUACUUUCAAACCUUUUUAAAUGCAGACUUGCAUGAGAUAAAAUGAUCUUUUCAGCAACUGCCUUGUAAAUGUCCUGGUGACAUAUCUUCACUCCUGUCAUUCUAAAUGAAAAGACCCAGAAGACGCAAAGCAAUUAUAUUUCCUAGGUUCAACUGGCAACACAAUUUACUGCAGGGAAGAAUACACAUUUUCAACAAUUAUCAUCUCCGCAAAAAUAUCAAGAAAUAUCCUGUUUGUUUUGUUUGUUACAUAUUUUCACAUCUACGCUGCCUUGCUUGCUUAUUUACAUUCAAUUCUUUUCCAAAGAGUAUACUUCUCAAAUGCCUUGGAUGUCUUUUAUGGUUUUUUUUUCCAACCUUUGUUACAGGCCACGUUUGAAAGAGCUAUUCUGAACACAAAAUAUGCUUGUGAAUGUAUUUUUGAAUGUUGUCUCACUCAAGGUAUUACCAUCACUGUUAGCACACAGCAUGCUUAAACAUAGUUAUUUGGAGCAAAACAGAAACAAAUAAGUAUUGGAAAGACAAAGUUCUGAAAAGGACUACAGACAGAGCGAUACUUCAUGGCACUUGUAUUUUGCAAUCCCUGCAAGCUUACAUUUUUUUUGAGAGGGGGGGGGGGCUUAUUGUACUUACAGCAUAUAUGUGUUUACAGGAUAUAUUCAUUUUAUUUUACUGAAAGUAUCAAUUUCACAGUCACAUGGAUUUUGUGACAUGCUGUAAGCAAUCAAGCAGCCCCCAAAUGUUUUUAUGUUUUUUUGGCACACCAAAGUUUUUAGAAAAAAAAAGACGAAGAAUUCAGCAAAAAAAUAAAUAUAUAAUCUGUAUUUCUACAAAUAAAAGAGGCAUGUGAUUGUGUCUCAAUGUAAUCAAGCUAUGAAAUUAUUGUUAUUUUGAAAUGCAAUGUCUUUUUGGGCUUAGUAGUGGUCAAUUUGCAUUGUACAAGUUAUUAUUAUUUUCCUUCGCCCCCCCCCCCGACCAUUCACUCUGACAAAAAUCGGACCACGGCUGAAUCUAGUUGCCUAACACUGCUGUAAGCAUUUCAAAGCUGUUAUGAAAAUGUUGACUCUAUCAUUUCAGUCAUUAUUGUUUUAGUUUUUUAACUGAAAUACUCCAUCUUUUGGAAUCAAUGCUUGCCGGCAUGUUUUGAACCUUAUUAUAAACUGGGUGGUUCGAGCCCUGAAUGCAGUUUGGCUGACAGCCGUGGUAUGUCAGGUAUGACAAAACAUAGAUUUUACUGCUCGAAUUACGUUGAUAUCCAGUUUAUAAUAGCAAUAAAGCCCCUCGGGGGUUUGUGGUAUAUGGCCAAUACACCACGGCUCAGGGCUGUAUCCAUGCACUCCGCAUUGCGUCUUGCUUAAUAACAGCCCUUAGCAGUGGUAUAUUGGCCAUAUACCACACCCCCUCGUGCCUUAUUGCUUAAGUAUACCUUGAAUAUAUAUUUUACUUAUUAUGUAGCAUUGCCAUGAAGUAACACUCUAAUCCAUGAACCUAAUGAAAAUGGUAUAAUAAACGUUGUUUAUCAUAAGAU